AUGCCGCCUCAUCUUCAUCCUAAGUCACGGUCGACAAUGGGUCUCUUCGCCGGCACCCUACUCGCAUCCCUCGUUGUGGUCGGCAUGCCGCACGUCUUCCCCUGCCCGGCCCCACGACGCACCUUUGCCGAUUCAGAAAUGACUAUCACAGCCGACGGGCAACAAGUACCACGCAUCAAACGGAGACGGCGGAAAGAGGUCGAAACGGACCCCGAGGCCGGUCGCCCAGGUCUUCCGACACCAGCUGGUCCGGUGGACGAGGAGGUCUCGACCUUCCUCCAGAUGCAAGAGGAAGCAGAAACCCUUUCGCACAUCAAUCGGGAAUGUCCUGUUCCCAAGCCGAAGGGUGUGCUGGGCCAAUUGCUUGGAUUCCGCGAUGUUCAAGCGAAUGUCCAGCCUAGCGGCCUGUCCGAGGGAGAUCGAUGA